UAGAACGACCAAUCCGGGCGUCCUUUUGUACAGGAGCUCCUAACCUCACUUUCCUUUCCUUACGGGCCGCUCCGCGAUAAGGUUACGUUGUCAUUAACAGGUCGGAAUAUUCGAAACCAUGUACGAGGAAUAUACUGAACAGUAUGAAUAUGAUGAAUAUGGCGCGGCGGAAACCCACUCGGAACAGUACGACAGGGCGAAUUACAGACCGGUGCCGGAGGUGGUCAAGAAGUUUCUCAUCUUCUUUCGAAACUGCAUUAACGAAGGCAUGAUCUUUGAGAUUCAGAACCUCUACGAGAACUCCUUUCCAAAGAUAUCGGAGCAGUUCUUCGACAAGCAAUCCUGGCCGGAUGAGUCUCAGAUUGCUCAUAUCGUCGAAAAUGACCAGGUCUUCCUAAUCCUGUACAAAGAGCUCUAUUAUCGUCACAUCUACGCUAGAGUACAGGGACCCACCCUGGAGCAGCGCUUUGGUUCAUUCUACAAUUACUGCGAUUUGUUUAACUACAUCUUGAAGCCGGAAGAACCGGUUCCUCUGGAGCUGCCGGACCAGUGGCUCUGGGAACUUAUUGACGAGUUCGUCUACCAGUUCCAAACCUUCGCUCAGUACCGAGCCAACAUUUCUAAUAAAACGCCGGAAGAACUGGAACUCCUAAGCAAUCACAACAAAAUCUGGGAUGUUCUCUGUGUAUUGAACGUUCUGCACUACUUGGUCGACAAGUCGAAGAUCAAAAGUCAGUUGGAAGUCUACGCCAGUGGAGGAGACCCUGACUCAGUGGCUGGAGUUUUUGGCAGACACUCGUUGUACAAAAUGUUGGGCUACUUCUCGCUAGUGGGUCUCCUUCGGCUGCACUCCCUGCUCGGAGACUAUUAUCAAGCGAUCAAGGUCUUGGAGAAUGUGGAACUCUACAAGAAAAGUGUCUACUCUCACGUCCCAGGAUGCCAGAUCUCUACUGCGUACUACGUAGGUUUCGCUUACAUGAUGAUGCGUCGCUAUGCAGAUGCCAUAAGGACAUUCUCUGGCAGUCUGCUCUACAUUCAGCGAACCAAACAGCUUUUCACCACUCGAAGCUACCAAAAUGACCAGAUCAACAAACAGACCGAACAGAUGUACCAUUUAUUGGCAAUCUGUCUCGUCUUACAUCCCCAGUGUGUCGACGAGGGCCUCCAGCAAGCACUGCGUGACAAGAACUACCACGAGAAAAUGUACAAAAUGCAGUACGGCGAUCUCACAGAGUUUGAGUCUUGUUUUCUGUUCGCUUGCCCAAAGUUUCUUUCAUUGGUGCCACCGAACCCUGACGCGCCCGGUGAAGACCACGUGAGGGAAGCUAUCCAACAUCAGACGCAAGUGUUCAUGGAUGAAGUCGUACAACAGAAGAUGCUACCUACGAUACGGUCCUACCUCAAACUGUACACGACUCUUCCACUAAGCAAAUUAACGAUGUUCAUGUGUAGCAGCACAAGGCCGGAUGAAAGCUGGGUUUUGGACGAGGAAGUGAACAGCUUGAUUAUCCACUUAUUGUGUUUCAAGCAUAAGAUGAAGAACAUUGUUUGGACAAAGGGAGCUUCGGGACUAGAUGGCAAAUUCCAGUCAGGCUCGGAGCUGGACUUCUAUAUCGAUCAUGAUAUGAUCCACAUAGCGGACACAAAAGUAUCCCACCGUUACGGGGACUUUUUCAUUCGCAAGAUCCUUAAAUUCGAGGAACUGAACCGCAAGCUCCGUCACAUUAAGAUUUAACUCAGGGAAGUGAGUGUCACCGUCGAUGUAUCACGAUUUUAAUAAUAAAAAAAAAAGACCAAGA